GUUCUGGAGUUGAGGAUUCUGGAAACCCCGUUUCCCUGAAGGGGAUGCAAGGAGCUUCUGUGUUGUUUCAAGUGCUUAGAAACCCAGACUUGCCUGCAGGAGUCGAGCUGGAGAACAUGACCUGGGGGAUCUCCUCCGGGGCAAACUACACAAUCCUGCUGCAGGUCUCCCCUGGGGCUCGCGAUCCAGAAUGGGUCAACUUCCAGGACAAGUUCCAGAAGAGGGUCCAUGUGCUCAACAUUACGACCCUGAGGAUGAACAACCUGACCCCGGAGGACACUGGGCUGUACCGGGCUCAGGGCUUCUACUCCAGAGGAAGACAAUACGACCAGGAUUUCCACCUGACUGUGUAUGAGCCCCUGCCCCUUCCCCAGAUCAGGACCACGAAUCUGUCCAUCACCCCAGGCUGGUGCAACGUCACUGUGCAGUGUGACGCCCCGGGAACCAGGGAGGACCUGACCAUGUCCUGGGAGAGCAGGGGACUCCCCAGGGAGCUGGAACAACGAGAGGCCACAGGACCAGCCCCCAACCCCUGGACCCUGGCUCUGAGCCUGCCCCUGAGCCAGCCCAACGCCAGCCUCACCUGUGUGCUCAGGAACCAGGUGGACCAGAAAACUGCCACCUUGGACCUUGGGGACAUCUGUGGCCACGGGAAGCAGAUCCACAGGGACAGAGUUAUGCCCCCCAACUACCCACCAUCCUACGGGUUGUUGUGGUCCUGCUGCUGAUCCUGGGAGCUGGACUGUUCCUCUGGAGGACACGAGUGAAGAAGAGC